GCUCCCAGGCGGCUGCACCGGCUCGGAGGAGUGGGAGGAGAAACUCCGCCGCUGGGUGAGUUCCCGGCCACGCUGCUGCCUAGACGACCCAGCUGGAGAACCGCUGUCGCGGAUUUGCACCGGGCUGAAGACAAAACCUGGAGGAAGACCUGUGGGAGGCAAUGUUUGAGUAACUCCAAGGAGACCAGACGGGGAGAAUGUCAGCCCUCAACUGGAAGCCCUUUGUGUAUGGAGGGCUGGCCUCCAUCACAGCGGAAUGCGGNNNNUUUCCAAUUGAUUUAACUAAGACCCGGCUCCAGAUCCAAGGCCAGACAAACGAUGCCAACUUCCGAGAAAUCAGGUAUCGCGGGAUGUUGCACGCACUGAUGAGGAUAGGUCGAGAAGAAGGGCUGAAGGCGCUGUAUUCUGGUAUUGCCCCUGCGAUGCUGCGCCAGGCUUCCUAUGGCACCAUCAAGAUUGGCACUUACCAGAGCUUGAAGCGAUUAGCUGUGGAACGCCCAGAAGAUGAAACCCUGCUGAUCAAUGUUGUGUGUGGAAUUCUGUCUGGAGUCAUAUCCUCAGCUAUUGCUAAUCCAACUGACGUUUUGAAAAUCCGAAUGCAAGCCCAGAACAGCGCUGUUCAAGGAGGAAUGAUAGGCAACUUCAUUAACAUCUACCAGCAGGAAGGGACAAGAGGACUGUGGAAGGGUGUGUCCCUCACAGCCCAGAGGGCUGCCAUUGUUGUCGGUGUGGAGCUUCCAGUCUAUGACAUCACCAAGAAGCACCUGAUUCUCUCAGGCCUGAUGGGAGACACCGUCUCGACACAUUUUCUGUCAAGCUUCACCUGUGGUCUGGUAGGGGCUCUGGCCUCUAACCCUGUUGAUGUUGUGAGGACCCGCAUGAUGAAUCAGAGGGUCCUUCGUGAUGGCGGGUGCUCUGGCUACAAAGGUACUGUGGAUUGCCUAUUGCAGACAUGGAAGAAUGAAGGUUUUUUGGCUCUAUAUAAAGGUUUUUGGCCAAAUUGGUUGCGCCUUGGUCCUUGGAAUAUCAUUUUCUUUUUGACAUACGAGCAGCUGAAGAAACUAGACAUGUGACCAGUCCGUGCUAUGCAAGAUAUUCUUCUGAAAAGCCAGCAUCGGCGAUGGUAGAACCUCCUGUGCUUCUGGCUGCUUCUCCCCGCACAGCUCAUCACAGCUUCUAGGAUGAGAGAGCACUAGGAUGGUGAAGAUCGGGUUCCUCAGAUUGUCAUGCGUUGGCACCGGGCGCUUUUUCAUCUGUGUUCAGAGACUAAACCGUAACACGUUGUCGUGUGUAAUGGUUUUUACUGUGAAAGUGCCCUUUGACACCCGAGAUAAUGUACGGAAUACACGUUUCUUUCUGUAGAAAACUUGCAGGGAAAAUCAGGACCGUGUGCAGUUUUCCUCUGGGAGAGCUGCCUUGCUGCUUCUGGACUUCAGCUGUGGGAACACUCCGGAGUGAUGGAGGCCCAGGAGAGUGGGGUCCUGUUCUUGUUCUGAGAAGGCUCCGGAGUGAUUGAGUGUUGUCAUUGUCCCCCGUCCCCCGUCCCCCCUCACACCUUGGCUAGUAUUAUUCCUCGACCGUUGAGAGCUUUAGUUUAGUGAGCUGAAGAGAUUUUACAUUUGGACUUUUAAGGUCUCGACCUGUGCGGUGCACUGAGCUUGUCUGUGCAGGAAGUAGACUUUUAGAACAUUCACUGCUUUAUAGUUUGUGAUUGGGCGGAAUCCUUCCCUCGCAGUAAGUGAAGUUAAGCCUCCGAAGGCUCAACCUUUGUCAGGUAACGUUAGCCAUUUGCCCUAUGAUUUUUAGCAAAGUUUAUUUUUUCCAUGUUGAUCACAUGGAGCUAAUCAUGCUUAGUGAAGUCGGUGUCAGAUGAAGGGAAAAGUACCGAGGCUGCCACGUGAAAUGGGAGUGUGUUUAUGUAAACAGUUGAGGUACCAUGGGGUUCUCCUGACGGAAGGCCUUGUUGAGUAGCAUUGCAGGUGAGGAUUUUAGUUGCUAGUGACCGGAAGAGGGAUGCCUCCAGACUUCUAGCCUUUCCUUUAGCUCAGGGCGGGUUUGUUUCAAAACCUUCCUCUGAGCCGGGCGGUGGUGGCGCACGCCUUUAAUCCCAGCACUCGGGAGGCGGAGGCAGGCGGAUCUCUGUGAGUUUGAGGCCAGCCUGGUCUACAAGAGCUAGUUCCAGGACAGGAACCAAAAGCUACAGAGAAACCCUGUCUCGAAAAAUCCAAAAAAAAAA